CCGACAACAACGUACGCUUCUUCUCUGGCCACUCCCUGUUCUCUCAUCAACAUACAUCACAUCCUCCUCUUGGGACAAGCUGCAGGCAAAGAAGAUCACGUCCAUAUAUCAUCAUGACGACGCUCUCACUGCAAGACGUGGACAACAGAGUGCAGGGCCGCCUGGCACUCGUCACCGGCGCAACGGGUGGCAUCGGGUCUGCCUGCGCGAGGGCACUGGCCGCCGACGGCUGCGAUGUUGCGCUGCACUACGCGUCCAGCGAGGAAAAAGCCGAAGCCCUAGCCUCGUCCCUCCGGAAAGCCCACCCGGCGCAGUUCUUCACGACGAUCCGGGCGGACCUGUCGGACCGGGCGGCGACGCGGGCGCUCGUGCCGUCGCUGCUGGGCCGCGAGGCGGUGUCGGCGCGCGGGCACGCGGCCGUGUCGGUGCUCGUGGCCAACGCGGGCAUGGGGCGGCGCAUCAGGGACGUGGCCGACAUCGGCGAGGACGACUGGGACGAUAUCCUCGAGGUCAACGCGCGCAGCCAGUUCGUCGUGACCAAGGCGUGCGUCGAGGGCAUGCGGCGCCAGGGCUGGGGACGGGUCGUGCUCGUGGGGAGCAUCGCGAGCAGGGGCGGGGGCAUCAACGGGUGCCACUACGCGGCGUCCAAGGGGGCCAUGACGUCCAUGGGGCUGAACCUCGCGACGGUGCUGGCCGGAGAGGGCAUCACCGUUAACAUUGUCCAACCCGCCAUGAUUGGAGCCACAGGCAUGAUACCAACGCCCAAAUCUCGCACGUGGAAGAGCACGGAUCACGUCGAGGAGCUCAAGGUGUCGGACCCAGGGCUGGGCAUCGCGGCGAGCGUGCCGGUGCACCGGUUGGGCGUGCCCGAAGAAGUGGCCAAUGUUGUUUCCAUGUUUGUCAAGACGGGAUACAUGACGGGGCAGGAGGUGUUGCUGGCGGGCGGGCUAAAGUAAUGGGUGCCUGUGUGUGCACGUCACCAAGGCAUGCAAGUCGAACGGCGGGCGUGAACAGACAGUAUGGGCUCUCCUAGGGCCAAGGUCUGGUGGGUAGGCCCAUCAACAAGGUAUAGCCAACAUGAAGAUCUGCUCCUAUUACAAGACUUGGUGCUGGCUAUUUCGACCAUGAAG